AUGGGUUUCGCUCAGUGCGGGUGGCCGAUAUGGCGGACUGACGACUUCACGCCAUGCUUCCAGGAAGAUUACCUUAAGAUCCUCCUACCAUUGAUCAUCGUAGGACUGUCCCUACUACGACUUCUCAUCUCAACUCUCCUCCGGGCUGCCAAGCAAAAACCAAACCGCGCCUACCUAUACGAUCGCAUCGCCGAUAACGACGAAGACCGCACUCACCUGCCCAGAGACGAAGAACCUGUCGACGAGAGUGACGAAGAUGAGGCGCUAGCCAUCGGCGGUGGCCGCCUUGCGCUGGCCAAGGUUACCACCAAGGGCUCCAUCGUUCAGGCCGAUACUCCUGCUGGUCAAACCCUUCUUACCGUUGUCGAAGUCCUCGCCAUCGCCGGUCUGGUCGGUGUCAACGUUGCCGCAUUGGUUCUCGAAGCCUACAGCGGUCGCCAUGGCAAGAUCGCUUCCAUCGCCGGUCUCAGUGCCUGGACCUAUGUUCUGAUUCUUGCCGCGCUGCGUCUCUUCCUUGGAAACACCCAGUGGCGUGUACCGCACCUCUGGAACCACACGGCUACCAUCUACUUUGCCCAGUGGCUGUUUUCGCUCAUUGGCUUCCGCUCCGCCAUUGUUCAUCCUGCGACCCAGUUCAGGCAGAUCUUGACCAUCGUCGACUUCGCCUUGACCUCGCUCCUCUUCUUCAUGUCGAUCAGCACACGCAAAGGAAACAAGACGGUCAUUCUAGAGUGGGAGGACGGUAUUCAGCCAAGUCGCGAGAACUUGGCCUCUCUCUUCUCCCACUUCACUUUCGGCUGGGUUGACUCCAUCAUGUGGGAAGGCUGGAAGGAGCCGCUGACUGCCGACCGCGUCUGGAAUCUGCUUCCUAGCGAUAAGGCCGCCACGGUUCUGGCCAACUACCGCCAGGUCAAGAAGACCACUUCCCUGUCUUUCCACCUCUUGAGCUACUUCAAGGGCAUGGUUGCUGCGCAGGCUGCCUGGGCUGUCAUGUCGGGUGCCUUCACCUUUGCGCCCACCCUGCUGCUCAAGGCUAUCCUCGAAUAUGUUGAGGAUCCGACCCAGGCCCCUCGUAACGUCUUGUGGCUCUAUGUGAUCCUCCUCCCCAUCACGGAUGUUAUCCGCUCUGUUGGAGACGCUCAGGCGCUUUGGAUCGGGCGCAAGAUUUGCAUCAACAUCCGUGCUAUCCUUGUCGGUGAGAUCUACGCAAAGGCGCUCAGGAGAAAGGCCGCCGCCGGUAACGACAAGGUUCUCGGCGAAGACAAGAAGAAUGAAGCCCCCGCCAAGAAGGGCUUCUUCGCAAAGGUCAAGCGCGCCUUGGGUCUUGCGAAGGAUGACAAGAAGACCACUGAUCAGUCUGCAGCUGAGGCCGCUGUUGCCAAAGCCAAGGAUAAGGCCGCUGAGGCCGAUGAGCAGGCCAAUCUGGGAACCAUCACUACCCUGAUGUCCGUCGACAGCUUCAAGGUCUCUGAGGUCACUAGCUAUUUGCAUUUCCUCAUUGCCUCGGCUCCCACACAGCUGCUUGUAGCUGUUAUUCUGCUUUAUAACGUCAUGGGCUACAGUGCCAUCCCUGGCUUUAUCAUCAUGGCUCUCCUCCUUCCUGUCAACAUUGGGUUUGCCAAGACUUUCCAGUAUACACAGAAGAAGAUUAUGUCCGCUACUGACAAGCGCAUCCACACCACCAACGAAGUGCUCCAAAACAUCCGCAUCAUCAAGUACUUCGCCUGGGAGCACAGGUUUGAAACCAUUGUCGACGAGAAGAGACGGGCCGAGCUCAAGGCCCUGCGUACGCGGUACAUGGUCUGGGCUUGCGCCGUGGCUGUCUGGAACACCGUUCCCAUCCUUAUCACUUUCUUCACCUUCUUUGUCUUCACCGUCAUUGAGAAGAAGCCGCUGUAUCCCUCUAUCGCUUUCACUGCCAUUUCUCUCUUCAUGCUGCUCCGCUAUCCGCUUGACCAGCUUGGAGACAUGAUUGCCCAUGUGCAGGAGUCCAAGGUGUCCGUGGACCGUAUCGAGGAGUUCUUGUCUGAGGAGGAGACCGAGAAGCAAAAGCAGCUUGGCCAGGACAAUGUCGACGAAAACGGCAACAAAGUCAUCGGUUUCAGAGGCGCCAGCUUCAUCUGGGGCGGCAGGAACACUGUUGCUGAGGAUGGAAGCAUGGCUUUCCGUCUUCUUGACCUCGACGUCGAGUUCCAGGAGGGCAAGCUCAACGUCAUCACUGGCCCCACCGGAUCUGGAAAGACCUCUAUGCUUAUGGCUUUGCUUGGUGAGAUGACCAUUCUUAAGGGUCGUGUCUUCCUUCCCGGAGGUCGCAGCCGUGAGGAUGUCCGCCCCGACCCCGAAACUGGUCUUGCCGAUACUUGCGCCUAUGUUGCCCAGCAAGCCUGGCUUGUCAAUGGCUCUAUCAAGGACAACAUUCUGUUUAGUGCACCGUUUGAUGAGCAGAGAUACAAGGACGUCAUUGUCGCUUGCGCUCUGGAGCGUGAUCUGGAGAUUUUGGAUAACGGUGACGAGACUUUGGUUGGUGAGAAGGGCAUCACCCUCUCCGGUGGCCAGAAGCAGCGUAUUUCGUUGGCUCGUGCCGUCUACUCCAACUCUAAGCACCUUCUCAUGGAUGACUGUCUCAGCGCCGUUGAUUCUCACACCGCUCAGUGGAUUUUCAGCAACUGCAUCAUGGGUCCUUUGAUGAAGCACCGCACUUGCAUCCUCGUGUCACACAACAUCCCUCUCUGCGUUCCUUUCUCCGACUUCGUUGUCCAGAUGACCAACGGUCGUGUCACUGCUCAGGGUGCUCCUCAGGAGCUCAUCGCGGCUGGCAGGUUCGGCGAAGACUUCGUCCAAAAGUCUCGUCCUGGCUCUGCUCAUGUCUCGCGCGUUCCUUCCCGGGUGCCGUCCAGUGUCGGAGAGGAAGGUGACAACACCAUGAUCAACGAAGCCGACGGCAGUGAAUCUCAGACCAAGGCUCAGACGAUCAAGAAGGAGCACAAGAAGCAGGAUGCCAUGGAAGAAAGCAAGGCUACUGGUGCUGUCAAGUGGCCUGUCAUGAAGCUCUACCUCACAGCUAUGGGCAAAUGGUGGUUCUGGGUUUUGGCCGCCGUUGUCUUUGGUGCUCAGCAGUUCUCUGGUGUCGCCACCAGUCUUUGGAUCAAGGAGUGGGCUAACCAAUACGCUACGGACGAGGUUGUUGCCCCUACUUUCAACAUGAACUCGCAGAGUUAUUCCAGCCAGACCGUCUCGCCUACCUAUUUUGCUUCGAUCUCCACGUACGUCAAGGGCAACGAUAGCAACAUCUUUUCGGCUAGCGCGAACAAGGAUGUCAACGUCGGUUACUACUUGACCGUACUGGCUAUCAUUGGUAUUGGUGGUGCCGUUGCCGCUCUUGUCAGAGACAUGUGGAUUUUCUUCGGUUCCUUGACUGCCUCGUGGAAGCUCCACAAGCGUCUGAUGGGUGCCGUCGCCGGUGCCCGUUUCAAGUUCUUCGAUGUCACUCCUCUCGGCCAGAUCAUGAACCGAUUCAGUAAGGACCUGGAGGCCAUUGAUCAGGAGGUUGCGCCUAUUGCCAUUGGGGUCAUGAGUUGUGUCCUCGCAAUUGUCGUGACUGUUACUCUGAUCGCCUGGAUUACGCCGCGCAGCCCUCUCUUCCAACAGUUCGGUGAGACUUUGAGUGGUGUCACCACCAUCAGAGCGUAUGGUGACGAGAGACGUUUCAUCCGCGACAAUCUUUCCAAGAUCAACGCUCAGAUCCGCCCAUUCAUCUACCUUUGGGCUGCCAACAGAUGGCUAGCGUUCAGGACCGAUGUUCUGGGCGAUCUUGUUGCCUUCGCCGCUGGAGUCUUCGUCAUUAUGAGCCUUGGUAAGAUCGAUCCUGGUUCUGCGGGUAUCUCUCUCAGCUAUGCCAUCGGUUUUGCCGACAACAUCCUCUGGCUGGUUCGUCUUUAUGCUAUGAACGAACAGAACAUGAACUCUGUCGAGCGUAUCAAGGAGUACCUUGACGUCGAGCAAGAGGCCGAGGCUAUCGUCGAGGACAACCGCCCCCCUGCGAACUGGCCUGCCCACGGCUCUGUUGAGUUCAUCAACUACUCUACACGUUAUAGGGCUGAGUUGGAGCCCGUCCUCCGCAACCUUACCUUCAAGAUUGAAGCCCAAGAGAAGAUCGGUAUUGUUGGCCGCACUGGUGCCGGAAAGAGCUCUCUUACCCUGGCCAUCUUCCGUGCUUUGGAGGCGGAUGAGGGCAAGAUCUUGAUUGACGGCGUUGAUAUUGGUCUGAUUGGUCUUCGUGAUCUCCGCGAGGCCAUCACUAUCGUUCCCCAGGAGCCCACUCUGUUCAUGGGUACCAUCCGGACCAACCUCGACCCCUUCAACAUGUACACCGAUGAGGAGAUCUUUGCCGCUCUUCGCCGCGUGCACCUGAUCAAGGCUGAUGAGACCCCCGUUGCCCCUGUUGAGAGCGAGUCGGAGCCUUCCCGCCCCGCCACUGCUACCAACAAGAACAUCUUCCUCGACCUCUCCUCUCCCGUCACCGAGUCCGGCAACAACCUCUCGCAGGGUCAGCGCCAGCUUCUCUGCCUGGCUCGCGCCAUGCUCAAGAAGCCCACCGUCCUCGUCAUGGACGAGGCCACCGCCUCGAUCGACUACGCCACCGAUUCGGCCAUCCAGGAGACCAUCCGCGAGUUGACUAGCACCAUCAUCACCAUUGCUCACCGUCUGCAGACCAUUGCCGACUACGACAAGGUUCUCGUCCUGGACAAGGGCGAGAUCGUCGAGUAUGGACAUCCUUGGGAGCUGAUGAAGAAGACCGAUGGCAGCUUCAGGAGUAUGUGCGAUAUGAGCGGAGACUACGACACGCUGGCCAAGAUUGCCAAGAAGGCGUACAAGAUUAAACAACUUGUCGACGUCGAUGGGGAUGACGAGCAGAGCAGUACGACUACCACUGCUGAGGGAAGCAGGACUGGAGAUGAGGGGAAGAAGGAUGGUGAGAACUAA